AUGGCGCGCGGACUGACAGCCGUGGUGCUGGCAGCCGCGCUUGUCCUAACCCCGCCUCUGCCUACCCCCGUGCUGCACUGGAGAUUGGACGACUCGCAGCAGUCGCAGCUGUCGCAGCAGUCGCAGGCGGAGCAGCCGUUGGGGCAGGCGGGGCAGGCGCAGGAGGGUGAAUGGGAGGCGCAGGCGCAGCAAUGGCGGAGGGCAGGGUUGGGGGUGGGGGUGGAGGUGCGAUGGGACGACGGCGCAGCGCAUGCUUUCCUACUGGAAAAGAUCAAGACGCUGGAGCGCUCCUUGGAAAGCCUGGUCACCUCCAUUAAGAACGGCAAGGCACUUGACAAAUUCAUCACUGUGUGGACAGGCCCUCUGGUGACAUCAGACGUGGUGGACGCGCAGGUCAAGGCAGUUCUCGACGCUGAGAAGAGGGAGGCGGGAUUUAACCUGGAGCGCAUUGGGGAGUAUGUUGUUGAUGCAGCUGCCGAUGCUGCUUCCAAGCUCUCUCGCUUCACUCUUGCAGCGGAGGGCGAGGUCUCUGCGGUGGCCGCAACAGGGCUCGUGGAGGGUGCAUUCGAUAAGUUCCUGGCAUUUGAGCUGUCAACAGUGUUCUCCCACCUGCAGCGCCUAGCCAUCUUCGCCCCCAUUGUCGCCGCUGGCAUGUGGUGGCAAAUGCAGGGUCGGAAUGUCUUCUCUUGGGAUGGGAAAGAGGUCUCCCCUGACGGCAGCAGCAGCAGCAGGUCGGGAGGAGGAGGGCAGGGCGGGUGGGAGUCGGAGGAGGAGGAGGAGGCGAGGCAGCAGCGGGCGCUGCGUGUUCGGAGGGAGCUCCGGCGGAUCGAGCUUAAAGCAGAGCUCAGAGACGAGCUGGCUGCUCUCGGUGAGAGGGCUUUGAGGCCAGGCAUGCCCCCUUCGUCCACGACAGCAGCGGAGCGCAAGGAGGUGGAGGACCUGCUGCUGCAGCUCUGCCAGCUCGGCCCACCUAUUGGAUACCUCACGGGCGGAGCAGCAGACGGAGGGGACUGGGAGGGCGGAGGGGUGCAGGAGUGGGGCGAGAGCGAGGGUUGGGAUGGGGACGGUGGUGCCGGAGGUGCUCCGCUUACGCAUGGAUCGUGGGUGCUCAUCUAUGCUUCAUGCGACCCCGAGCCUCCUCCAUCUACGGACCCGCCUCCCCUGCCGGCCAUUCCCCUCUCGCCCAUGCAGCUGCUGCUCCGGGCGGCAGAACUGCCGGGCGUGGAAAUCGCACGGCUGACUCAGCAAAUCGGAUCUGAUUCCGGUGGCUUUUUGACUGGCGCAGGGGGGGGAGCUGGGGGAGGAGGAGGAGGGGCGGGAGGGAAUGGGGAUGGGAGGGCAGGGAGGGAGAGUGAGGGAGAUGGUAGUGGUGUAGGGGAUGCUCUGAGUGGAGGGGGAGGAGGGGUGGGAGCGGGUGAUUCUUCUGACGUUAUAUCCAAAGAGUAUGUGGAUUUAAAGCUCGGUGCAUUGGGGAAAUUUCGCCUUGGCUUUUCCUCCUCCUCCUCCUCCUCCUCUUCCUCCUCCUCCUCUUCCUCCUUUUUCCCCAACUCUCAAGACUCCCAGCAGCAGCAGCAAGCAGCAUCCCAGCAGCAGCAAGGGCAGUUGGCAGGGCUCUUAACGUCCUUCUCCUCGCUCUCCCUCCAGCCUCUGGAGGUCUGGGGCAACACCGUUCCCUCUGAUGACCUCCCGCUGCUCACGCUCACUCUCCCCGUGCCCCAGGCGAUACAGAGGGCUGUGGCUGCGCGUGCAGCCACGGCAGCGGGGGGUGAGUGGGUGACGUGCUACGUGGAUGAUGAUUUGAGGGUGGAUUGCAACGAGGAAGGGCUGUUCCUCGCGUUUGCCCGCGCAAGUGAAUGA